CUUCCUCCCACCGUCCGAUUGGACUGUCCAAAUUGCCCUUAGGUGUGUGCCUCCAUGUUGGCCUGUGAUGGACUGGAGACAUGUGCAGAGAGUAGUAGGCAAUGGAUGGAUGGAUAACAGAAAUAGAAAUAAUAUUUCAUUUCCACCCAGAGAAUAAGUAGCUUUACAUUUACAUUUGAAUAACUCUCGUCCUACAUGUCUAGUCAGAUGGUUAGUGCUGGAGCCUUCUGAGGGGCAGUUUGAUCUCCCCAUUCAUACAUUUAGAGUUAUAAAUAUACAAAAAGGCACAAACAGAAAUAAAGUUGCAGUAUAACCCAAUGGCAAAAAUGUGCACACCCUUAAAUUAAAACUUGCCCAUUCUGCCAUGCAAAACCUCAGAUUGUGAGAACCUCUCUUGCCAUUUCAUUGUUGAUUUGGGUGCAGUGUUGGACUUACUGACGCUGAAAAUAAAACCUCUCUCCAUCUUUCUGCUCCCUGGCAAACAUUCACAGUUUGGGGGUAAAUAAGACAUUUGCAACUUUUCAUUUGAUGAAAAGCAACCCCAGAGACUGAUGCUGCCACCACCAUGUUUCACCGGGAUGUGGAGUUCUUCUGUUGAUACUCAGUGUUGUCUUUGUGCCAAACAUACUUUUUGUUACGUUAGAUCAUAGCACUUUUUCCCACAAGGUUUUUUCGAAUAUUCCUGCCAGGUCUGGACGUUCUCAGGAUGUUUUCAGGAUGUUUUUCUCCUUCAACCUGACUAAUUUUGGAAAUUGCCACAUGUUCAGAGUUUCUUUGGCCCUCAUGGCAGCCUCCCUGACCAGUUAGAGCCUUUUUGUUCUCAUGUUCCCCCAUUAUCAAUACUAUAAGCGAGUAAAGAUGAUGGACAGGUGUCUUAUAUUGUUUACGUCGCAGUAACCUGACAGUUUUACACAUGAGUGGAGAUCUACUGUAGCACCUGUGUUCACGUGGUCCUGGUGUUCUUCCCUGGUUAAAAAGCAAGCUGAACAGAAGCCUUGCUCCCAGUCCAGCCUGUUAGUUGAUGCUUAUGACUUCAUGGUGCUAUACCUCCCUCUGUUCACUGUGGGUAGAAAGGUAAAAACAACACAUCUAAGCACAGAAACGGUGAUAAUUAGAUGACUGUAAAGGUGAUAGCAAUAUGUUCCUGGCAUAUAUUAGCUGCAUUACAGAUACAGUUUAAUUGCUUUUUGACCAUCGUGCUUCUCUUUUAAUGACCGCAUCCAUUUUGAGCAGGACAGUGGCCACACUAACCAGCCACAUUAUGACAGAAUCAGAAGCUUCUGGGGCGGGGAAGCCCCCCUCGUCCUACAUGAUUUUUGUGGUGGUCUUCCUCUUCUUCCUGACUGGACUGCUGGGCUUCCUUAUCUGCCACCUCCUGAAGAAGAAGGGCUAUCGCUGCAGAACUGGAGACCUGGAAGAUGAAGAGGACAAGCUAGGGGAAGAUGAAUAUGAUGAGAACGAUGAGAACCAGGACACCGUGGAGCAGAUUCUUAAGUGUAUCAUGGAAAAUGAAGCCAACAUGGAGGCCUUCAAUGAGAUGUUGGGAAACCAUAACGUCUGUGUCCGACAUGAUCCAAGGUUACGAAAGGAGUCCAUUGGUGGUGUUCCUCCCCAUCACCAUACAGUCCACUCAGGCACCGACCACAACUCCUGCCUCCUCUGCACUCAAGUUCGAGCGAAAAAGGGCCGCAGACAAAGCAGAACACCCCGUUUCAAGAAACCUGGAGAGCAGACAGUUUUUUCUGUUGGGAGGUUUCACGUGACACACUCUGCUAAGAAGCCCCAGGGAGGUUCUAAUCGAUUGGCUGCAUCGGGGGACCAGUUGGACCAGUCCCAAGACAGUGACGAGAGAAAGGAGGAUGGAUAUAAUCUAAAAAAUAUGUUUAAGGAAGUCCAACCACCUUCAGAUGGUACCAAUGGUGUUGCUGCAAACGUGGGGAAGAGAAAGAAGAGUCUGACCAUAUUUGGGCUAAGGCGGGGCAGUGAUCCUUUAGGAUUGAGAGUAAAAGACAGGGCAUGGAGAGAGACUGGGGGGAUUAGAUUUGCUGCUCAGAGGCCACCUGUAGUGCUGGAGGAACCUGUACAGGCAGAGAAGGUUGAGGCUUGUCCAGAGUCUGGCACUAAACCUGGUGCCAAGCGGAAUACUGAGCCUGCUUCAGUUCAGUUUGAAGGUAAAACCUCAAUUCUAAAACGAUCCCCAAAGUCUAACUCUGGACCCCAGGAAGGUUCCAAACUUGAACUGAGUUCUGACCUGCAAGAAAAGAUGAGUACAGGAGCCUCCGCCCCCACCUCCCUGCCUAUUUCACAUGCCAAAUCUGAAACUGUCGACAAUAAGGUAUUAAAGAUGGAAGAUCCUGGACCACUACAGACCUCAACCCCCAUUGACACCCCACCUGCACCAGUUCUAGGUUUCACCUCUGUCUUGUCCACUGGUCAGUCCCAUUUGAACAAAGACUUUAUGGCUGUCCGAGCUUUGUCUGACCCAUGUUCCAGCCCAGAUCCAGAACCGGCCAUCAGUGGUGGCCUCGCUUUAAUAAGCUUAGGUUCAUCUCCUGCAACUUCUUUCCUAAACAAGACCUUUUUCAUCGGUCUCUUCUUUAAAAACAACCUACCUCAUCCCUGACUGAGUCACCAAGCCCCAAAAGCAGCUUAAGAAAGACAACAACAGAGGUGACCAAUACCAUACUGUCGUCACCACUAGAACCAAGUUCUUCUCCAACCGCAGCUUCACCUUAUCCAAUCCUAAUGUCAGAAAGGUUUUCCGUCAGAUCUGCAACCCAAGGAAACACAGUUUCAA